AUGAACCAUACUGUGUCGCACAGCUUCGAAAGCCUGACAACAGGCAUAGGAGUGAGCACCCAGUCGGACUUCCACACCCAUCUCACAUCUGCACCUGAGCAGGGCGCUUCGAAUGGAGUUAGAGACAUGGUAUUGAGUGAGGCCCUGCGGUCAGUGCUUGCCCCAACUAGCGAGGUUCGCUACGCGCAGGGCGACAGAGACUUCACGGGCCUUCGAGGACAUGGUCUAGAGAACUUGCGCGAGGUCCUUGAGUUCCUCGCAGACGCUGAUAUCCCAGCCUGUGUCGUCGGCAUCAAUGCCUUGCGUUACUACGGAGCUGGAAGGUCGACAAAUGAAUGGGACAUCUGUGUUCCAACAGAGCAUCUCAAAGAAGCAGAGAAUCUUUUCGACACAUCCGAGAAGUACGAGCGAGCUGAGCAUACGCCACCACUCCUUAACUCAUUCCGUCAUCUCAGCGCCACUUUCAAGCCGAAGAAUGUCGGCUUCUAUUUCAUUAUCAUGCCGUCCUCAGAAUGUUUUAUCGAUCCUCGUCCGGAGCACUGCGAGCUUAGCAAGAAUGGCAUUCCUUAUCCGCAAAUGCGGCAGUUCGCGAGGGCACUGCUCGUUUCGCAGAAUGGUGCCGAUGUUGAGGACUUCAUCGACGGGAUGGAUCUAGAUGAUGCCUGGGGAGAGGAGCAUCUGGAUUUCGAUGAGCUGCAGGUGACAGGACUGCAGACUACACAAUUCUGGAACGACGAAUUGGCUAUCAGGGACACAGGUCAAUUCAGCACAACGAUCAACUACAGGAAGCAAUGGAGCAAGUCUGUAGCCAACAAGGACGAGCGGAUCGACCCGCUGAUGCGGGGCCGUUCCAAGACUCGGUGGAGAAGGAUCAAGAACGACAUGGACCCAAGAGAGCGGAAACGGCAGGUGUAG